CAGCGGUUGGUGAAGCUGCUGCUUAACAAGGGCGCCAACGUCAACGCGCAGGGUGGAGAAUACGGCAACGCACUCCAGGUAGCUUCAGAAGGAGGCCACGAGCAGGUGGUGAAGCUGCUGCUCGGCAAGGGCGCCUACAUCAACGCGCAGGGUGGAAGAUACGGCAACAAGCUUCUGAUCGACAAGGGGGGCUGACGCCAGGGUACGGGCGCAUUGAUAACAC